AUGAUCGUGAGGUUGAACGUCUUCAGGUGGCUGUGUGAGACGACGCUUCACGAGGAGCCCUCGAUGAAGCUUCUACUAUUCUACUUCACCGUGGAGGUGAGGGAGUUGCUCACUCUGGACAGCUUCGCUCUGAGAGCCUUUGGUUCGAUGAACCUGAGGCUUCGUUCCGGAUUUGGGGACGACUUCCUGGUCAUGCCGGGGAAGAGCACGGAGAAGUUGUUUGUCAAGUGGGAGUCCCAGUGCGACUUUUUCCGAGGAGAGGGCGGCAUUGUGGGCCAUGCAGCUGAUAGGUCCCUAAUCUCUUCUUUUUUUUCUUUUUCUUUCUUUCCUGGCCGCCGCCGCUCGUCUUCUCCCCUUCUUCUUCCUCCCGCUCGCCCCCUCCUCUGCUCUCUGUCACGUGCGCCGCGCCGUUCUCCGUCUCGCCGGCGCCGCCUGCCCUCUGCGCCGCGCGCCCCCCGAGCUCCCUCUUCCUCGCGCCCCCUCUCUCUCUCCACGCGGACUCCCGCUCCCCCUGGCUCUCUCUCCUCGCGCGCCGCCCUUGCUCCCCGCGCCGCCCGAGCUCUGCCUGCCCGCGCCUCCACCUCGUCCGCGCCGCCCUCUGCUCCGCCCUCCACCGCGCCCGACGCGCGCGUCGCCCGCGUCCGCCCCAGGCGCGCCCCACCGCGUCCGCCCCGCACACCCCUUCUCCUACCUCCUCCUGCGCCGCCUCUUCCCUGGCCUCGCGCGCCGCCUCCCCUGCUCCGCCUCUCUGCCCCGCGCUCGCCCGCGCGCCUCCUCCCGCUCCGCCUCUCUCUUCCCCGGCGCCGCUCUCUCCUCCGGCCGCUCCCCGCGCCCUCCUCUCUUCCGAGCUCCCUCGCGCGCGCCGCUCCACGCGCCCUCCUCUCUCCCGAGCUGCCCGCGUGCGCGGCUCCUUUCCUCCUCUGCUCCGCCCGCGCCUGCAUCUCGCCCCGGCGCCGCCUUCUGCCCCUAGCCGCGCCGCCCAAGCCCGACCGCCUCCUCAGCUUGCCCAAGACCAGGCCGAGGCCCAUCUCCAAGCCCAGGAAGCAGUCUGUGUGCUGCUGUUUGUUGCCGCUGCUCCGCGUCGAGCCGCCUUGGGGCUGCACUUCGUCGACGCCCGCGAAAGACCAACAUCGCCUCGAACCUCCGAGCCGGUCCCAUGAACGACUACUUCGCCGCGACAAUUACGUACGAGGUGCCGCGAACGCCUACGUGUACGACUACCUCGACCGUACGACUACUCCAACGACGUCGACUACAUCGACUACGCCGUGGCACGCAACAAAGAGGUUCCAGCAGAGCAGGUGAGCCGCUAGCUUCUUCGUAGAGCACGACGUUGGAUUCGAUGUUUAGCCAGGAGACCUAGAUCAGGGUUUUAAGACUGGUGGCGGGUUUCCUUCCAGCUUCCAACCUCUUCAGGCCAUGCUGUAUUCUUGUCUGUACUCGGGCAUAAUUCGACUUCUGCUGAUGUAAUGAUGUAAUGUUGGGACAUGUGUCCUCUCUUUGUAA